ACAGCAUAUUUGCUUUUUCUAAGGAUCCGUCUCCGUUUUGGCAUUUCCUUUUCCGUUUUUUUCCAUCUUAAAGUUAUCUUGUGAUUUGGGAAAAGAGAUGUCAAAACAAGGGGCUUUUGAUCUGGCAUUUGGGGUUGGAGGAAGAAUUGGCAAGGAUGAAGUUCUCUCUGCUGUUGACAAAUAUGAGAAGUACCAUGGUUAUUAUGGAGGUGAAGAAGACGAGAGAAAGAAUAACUACACUGACAUGGUAAACAAAUACUAUGAUCUUUGCACCAGCUUCUAUGAAUACGGAUGGGGAGAGUCCUUCCAUUUUGCGCCCAGAUGGAAAGAAGAAUCACUCCAGGAAAGCAUUAAGAGGCAUGAGCACUUCCUUGCCUUGCAACUGGGAUUGAAACCAGGACAAAAGGUCUUGGAUGUAGGAUGUGGAAUUGGAGGGCCGUUAAGAGAAAUUGCUCGAUUCAGCUCUACAUCAGUUACAGGCCUCAACAACAAUGAAUAUCAGAUAUCUCGAGGACAGGUGUUGAACCGCAAAGUGGGAUUGGAUCAAACUUGCAACUUUGUAAAGGGUGAUUUCAUGAAAAUGCCAUUCCCUGACAAUAGCUUUGAUGCAGUAUAUGCAAUAGAAGCUACCUGCCAUGCACCAGAUCCGGUUGGAUGCUAUAGAGAGAUCUAUAGGGUGCUGAAGCCUGGUCAGUGCUUUGCUGUGUAUGAGUGGUGCAUGACUGAUGCAUACAAUCCAAAUAAUGAAGAGCAGAAAAGAAUCAAGGAAGAAAUUGAGCUCGGAAAUGGUCUCCCGGAGAUUAGAUCAACACAACAGUGCCUAGAAGCAGCGAGAAAAGCUGGUUUUGAAGUUGUGUGGGAUAAGGAUCUCGCUGAAGACUCACCAGUUUCAUGGUACAUGCCUUUAGAUACAAGUCACUUCUCACUCAGUAGCUUCCGCCUAACAGCAGUUGGCAGACUUUUCACCAGAAAUCUGGUUUCGGCACUUGAAUAUGUGGGUGUAGCUCCUAAAGGUAGUCAAAGGGUUCAAGCUUUCUUAGAAAAAGCCGCAGAAGGUCUUGUUGGUGGUGCCAAGAAAGGGAUCUUCACACCGAUGUAUUUCUUCUUGGUUCGCAAGCCAAUUUCAGACUCACAGUAAUAUUUGACUUAGCUCUUCAUUGCUUUAGUUAGCAAAUCUUUGAGAUUCUUGGCCUUGAACUUAUAUGGCCAGGCUAAUCAAAGGUUAUUUCGAUUUUCGUUUAGGGAUUGGGGGCUAUUUGUUUUUCUUGCAUUGCUUGUUUGUCACCAUUUUUGCCAUUUAUUGUUCUUCUCAACUCCUAAUUGUUUGCUAUUUUGCCAUUGAAUUGAUUGUUGUCCUGGAAAAUAUGUUGUUGAUAAAGGUCAGCAUUUUGCUAAAUAUAUGACUAAUGACAUUAUGGUGAUACAUCUUCUUCUU